GUUUUUGACUCAGCCCUGUCGCAAUGGCGCCGGCUGAAAGCCAAGCGGGCACAUCAAUGAGCGGAGUCCAUCUGAGCCUAGUCGGAAGGCUCGCGGAGAGAAGACUUCAUGUGCAAGGCCAACACAUUGCGGAGGGAUGGAAUGAAGAUGACUGGACCAACUGAUCGAUCCAUCCAUGGCAGAUCUCAUGGUGGUGCCAAAGCAUUGGCAUGAGUCCCCCGUGGCUCGGAUGCCACAACAGUCAGUCUUCAAAGAAAUCAGAGAGACGUUUCCUUUUCCGGCAUCGCUCAAGUGUGUUCCCAAAUGUUCGGCCAAUGCGAAGGCCGCUGUUCGGAGAUGCCGAUGCUGGAAGUUUGCAAUCUUUGCCGGAGGAAGCUGUAGUUCUUGAGGAAGUGGCAGUGCAGACCACGCCGCGUGGUUUACGCGCUCACGAAACCUGAGAACACCUUGGAACACAUGAUGAAAGUCCGGAGUCGCCAAGGGGCUUCCACCAAGCUGUGGAAUCGGCAGUGGCUCGCGGCUUAUAUAAAGAUUCAGCCAGUGGCAGCCACGCCUAUCCCGAGCUUUGUUCGUCUUGCGUGCAUUCGGGCAAUCGAGUUAUGCAGGGCCCGCUCAAAUCCUGGCAAACAAAGCUUCAAAAGGCAAGUGCUCUAAGGUAAUCGGCAGCCUUCGCAAAAGAAGGGCCACACGUCAAAUCAGUUAAGCAUUCUUGCCGGAAAGCCAGCGUUUGCAGUUCAGGCCGGCUCUCGCAUGCGCCACAUGUUGUCGGUUCAGGUGUCCUAGCAUUGCGCCUGCCCAGGCAGUAGCAGUCACUAAAAGCAUCGUCUCUGAAUAUGAUGUUCCCAUCAUAGGCUAAACCUUUGUGCCUUCAGUCGGCACCCGCAAAAGCAUUGCAUGAGCUCAGUUGUGCGUAGUCCUGCAGCCAGUUUGGCACCAGGGACGUGUGUUAAUUGUUUUGCUUCGAGGGUGAGGAGCAUUCAAUCUACCUCCGUCUUGUGGCCAUCUUCCCAGGCUUUCGAAGAAGGAAAAGCCAUCGCAAAGUGCCACCGGCACGCAGUUCGUUGUCCGUUUUGCGUGAUGCCUCGAAGUGCCGGACGAAAGUUCCGUCUCGCAGCUGCUGACUCAGGGCUUGCGCAAGGUGAAUCUGAGUCGCUGGGUGCGGCGUGCUCUGCACCAGCUGCCUUGCUGUACCUGUGGGAAGUGGGAGGCUCAUGCUCCAAGUGCGUUCCUGGCAUCGGCUGAGCCAUGUGGAACUCCAUGGUGACAGCUGAGCUUCCUCUGAAGUGCUCAUUUCAAGAAUGGUCUAGUGUCAUGGCUUGUGCAGCCAUGCCAAUGUUGCCAAGAAAGGCGCCGCUAUUUUUGAAAGGAACUGGUGAUCGCCACAUUGGGCCAAUUGUGCUUUAGCUGGAACUGACCGACUCCAGUGUGAAAGUGACUAUGGCUGAGUACCACAGCCGGAAGGCAGAAUAGCAUCCUCUUGUAAGAGAGAGUGGUUCCGAAGUCGAAGCUUCUGCCUGCAACCUUGUCACGGGAAGGCUUCCGCAAUCAGCCCGCUGAAAAAGGCUAAAAGGAUGGGGCCUCGAAGGAAUCGUGCAGCACGUUGCCAGGAAAAGGAUUACUAGCUUGAAUCUAAUCCCCAGCUGCUUGACAGAUUGCGGAUUAUGCGGUGUGCGGAUCCGAUUCUGUCGGAUUUUUGCGGAUUGAGGACAAUCAGAGCAAGGAUUAAGUGGAAUACGGAUUGUGACCUGAUCCCUCGGGAUUUCGAGCAGGCUUGAAGCCGCUGUCACACACUGAUCGCAGCCUCAACCGGAGUUGACUCCGGCUGACAGAAUCCCUGCGCAAUUGGCCGAUGAGCCCAAUUGGCGGCCUUGAGUGGCCACUCAAUUUGCCUCCAGCUUCUUUCUGCCUGAGAAAGCCGCCUCUUUCAGGCUGCCAUGCGCAGGAGGUGCGCAAAAGAUGUUGGGAUGCAAUUUUUGUCAAUGGAAUUCCGACAAUGCAGGCUGUUGCCAAAGGCGCCCUGGCAGGAAGUCAAGUUUCAGUCAGUCUUAAUCCCAUGGAGCAACCCGUGCGCACGCCGAGAUGUGUUGUUGCAGCUGGAACAAGGUCAGACAACAAGAUGGCAAUCCGCGCAAUGUGACGGGCGGGAAUUAGCAGUCAGCGUUUGCUUCAUUGCCUUGAGUCAACAUCACCCGACUCGCUUCCGAAAAAGCGUGGCCUUGGCGGAUUCGUCUGACACAGAUUGUUCUCAAGUGGUCGGCCCCUAAUGCGUUGUCAAAGUCCCCUGCGUCAAUUUGAGUGGGCAGUUCAGAGCGCCUCGAUCGCGGAACCCGAUGGAUGGAAAUGGUGUAGCAUUCCGCAGAAUGUGCACCUCUUCAUCUGAGGUGUUCUAGGUUCAGUCCAUCGUUCCAGCCUCAUCUUGGAUGCUGCGUGUGCAGUGUUGCGCGAUGUUCGGGAUCUGCUUUGCUCAGAUGAGCGGUCGGCCGCGGCGUGAGCCUUUUAAGGGAACUUCGACUCAUGGUGGGGAGACAACUAGGCAAGCUGCAAGCUAGCUCGUUUAGCUGCCGUCUUUUGUUGGUAGGGUCUGUUCGGUAUAAGCCGGGUGCUGCGCAACACCUUGAAUUUGGACUAGAGGACAACAGACAAGAUCAGUUGAACUGGCAUCGCGGACACAGAUUUGUUGACACUGGGUUGUUAUGUGCAAGGGCUUGUGCCUGCACUACUGCUGCAAGCCACGAAAAGCAAUGACGCAAGACCACAAUGAUGCCACGUAUACGGUGUUGCUCCAGUCGGCGUCUAUCCUUCUUAAUGGCAAUUACUUGAGUGUGGCAAAACCGAUUGCAAGCAGGAGCUGCGCAACAGAUGUUGUAAGACCUAGUUUGGCAAGUCUGUCGCACAGCAUGUUUGGCUUGAUGUCAGAUGCGCACAAAGUCACCAGAAUUAUUCGGACUACUUCGCAGCAUCUUUGCCAUCUUCAAAAUACAUCCAUUGCCGCAGGGCGUGUGUGGUGUUGUGCUGGCAUUUUCGACUCGGCUGUGGGUUGCGAGGAACUACGUUCGCCGCUGGCAGCUUCUUUUGUUUCUUGAGAGGGCCACCAUGCGGUUGCCAGGUGCACGUGCAGAAGGUGCGCAAAAGGUGUCGGGAUGCUGUUUAUGCCAGCGGAAUUCUGACAAUGCAGGCUGUUGCCGUUUAGCUGCCUUGCAGGGAUAACUCCAAUUGCAGUCAGUCUUAGUCACAUGGAGCAACCCUGCGCGCAUCUGCGCGCCGCACAUGGGAUGAGUUGUUGCCGCUGGAACAAGGCGAGACAACAUGACGGCAAUCCGCGCAAAGUGACGGGAGGGAAGCAACAGUCAGCGUUUGCUGCAUUUUGCUGCAUUGCCUUGAGUCAACAUCACCCGACUCGCUUAAAAUGUGCGGCCUUGGCGGAUUUGUCCGGCACAGAUCGGUCUCUCGUGGUCAGCCCCUGCUGCGUUAUCAAAGCGCCUUGGACGGGGAAACGCGAUGAGAAGGAAAUGGCGUAGCAUUCCGCAGAAUGUGCAUCAGCCGGGGCGUUUUAGGUUCAGUAGGUUCGAGACCUGCUUCGUUCAUAUGGGCCGGCCGCGGCGUGAGCUUUCUAAGAGAACUUCGACUCAUGGUGGGGAGACUAGGCAAGUUUCAAGCUAGCCCGUUUAGCUACCGUUUUCUGUUGGUCGGGCCUGUUCGGUAUAUGUCGUGUGCUGCGCAUCACGUUGCAGCAGGACUAGGGGACAGUAGCCUAGAUCAGUCGAACUGGCAUCAGGGACCCAGAUUUGAUGACAUGGGGCUGUCGUCUCCUUUUAGCUGCAACGCUGAUUCGAGUGACAUGUUCAGUCUCAACCCUGGCUUCGGCUAAGCAUGCUUGCCCCCCUGCUUCCCCCAAUGCUUGACAGAUGCAGCUUCAGGCAAAGCUGGUGAAAAAGCUGCCAUUACGCAGCCACGGGCAGAAGGUGCGCAAAAGGUGCUGGGAUGCUAUUUACGUCAAUAGAAUUCUGACAACGCAGGCUUUUGCCAUGUAGUUGCCCGGCAGGGAGAACUCCAAUUGCAGUCAGUCUUAGUCACGUGGAGCAACCCUGCGCGCGCCGCACAUGAGAUGCGUUGCCAUUGAAGAGCCUAACUUGUUGCCAGAGUCCCCAUCAGAAGUUGCAGCUGGAGACAGCAAUCUGAGCAAUGUGAUGGGCGGGAAGCAGCAGUUAGCCCUUGUUUCAAUGCCUUGACUCAACAUCACCCGACUCGCUUCCGAACACGUGGGCUUGACGGAUUUUUCGCUCACAGAUCGUUUCCACUUGGUCAGCCCCCGUGUUGCAUCAUUUGCUCUUUGCGGCCCCCUGUGCAGAUUUCACCCCCUGAGCGGCUUUUCAGCUCGUGGCAUACCGUUGAACAAAUUUGUGCCGUCGCCUAGUUCCAAGGUUGGCCGGUAUGAGUCAGCCCCGGCUGCGUUGUCAAAAGCGCACACGUCAAUUUGAGUGGGCAGUUCAAAGCGCCUCGAACGGAGAAGCCAGAUGUGUAGAAAUGGCAUAGCAUCCCGCGGAAUGUGCACAUCUUUAGCUGAGGUGUUUUAAGUUCAAUUGUUGGUUCCAACAUCAUCUUGGAUGAUUCGUGUGGUCAGUGUUGCAUGCAUGUUCGAGAUCUGCUUCGCUCAGAUUUGCUGUGGGCGGACUAGUGGGGAGACUAGGGAAGUUGAAUCAUAGCCUUCUUCAUGGCGAAAUUGGGUAAGGUAAGCUUCAGUGUGGCAAAACCUAUUGCAGGCAAGAGCUGCGCAACAGAUGUUGUAAGACCUUAAGACCUAGUUUGGCAAGCCUGGUGCACGGCAUGUUUGGAUUGAUGUCAGAUGCUCAAAAAGUGCAUGCGACUACAGCACCAGAAUAAGUUGGACUACCUCGAAGGGUCUUUACGAUCUUCAAAAUGCAUCCCUUGCGUAACCGCUGCGCGUGUGUGGUGUUGCGCUUGCAUUUUCAACUUGGCUUUGGGGGACGUGGAGUUGUUGCACCACGGCUUCGUCAGGGCAUUGGACUCGCUUCUCCUAGCUGACUGUUGUGUGCAAAAAGUCUGGGGCCUGCAACCGUGCGAUACGGCGAAGCUUUCAUAAAAGCCUGUUCAAGGAAGCGAAUAGAUGAAGCCGAGGGGCCUCUAAGAAAUGCGUUGCGAGGAACUGCAUUCGCCGCUGGCGGCUUCCUUUUCUUGAGAGGGCCACCAUGCGACAGCCACGUGCACGUGCAGAAGGUGCGCAAAAGGUGUCGGGAUGCUGUUUAUGCCAGCGGAAUUCUGACAAUGCAGGCUGUUGCCGUUUAGCUGCCUUGCAGGGAGAACUCCAAUUGCAGUCAGUCUUAGUCACAUGGAGCAACCCUGCGCGCAUCUGCGCGCCGCACAUGGGAUGAGUUGUUGCCGCUGGAGCAAGGCGAGACAACAUGACGGCAAUCCGCGCAAGUGACGGGAGGGAAGCAACAGUCAGCGUUUGCUGCAUUUUGCUGCAUUGCCUUGAGUCAACAUCACCCGACUCGCUUAAAAUGUGCGGCCUUGGCGGAUUUGUCCGGCACAGAUCGGUCUCUCGUGGUCAGCCCCUGCUGCGUUAUCAAAGCGCCUUGAACGGGGAAAUGCGAUGAGAAGGAAAUGGUGUAGCAUUCCGCAGAAUGUGCAUCAGCCGGGGCGUUUUAGGUUCAGUAGGUUCGAGACCUGCUUCGUUCAUAUGGGCCGGCCGCGGCGUGAGCUUUCUAAGAGAACUUCGACUCAUGGGGAGACUAGGCAAGUUUCAAGCUAGCCCGUUUAGCUACCGUUUUCUGUUGGUAGGGCCUGUUCGGUAUAUGUCGUGUGCUGCGCAUCACGUUGCAGCAGGACGAGGGGACAGUAGCCUAGAUCAGUCGAACUGGCAUCAGGGACCCAGAUUUGAUGACAUGGGGCUGUCGUCUCCUUUUAGCUGACAGUUGUGUGCAAAAGGACUCGGGCCUGCAACGCUGAUUCGAGUGACAUGUUCAGUCUCAACCCUGGCUUCGGCUAAGCAUGCCUGCCCCCCUGCUUCCCCCAAUGCUUGACAGAUGCAGCUUCAGGCAAAGCUGGUGAAAAAGCUGCCAUUACGCAGCCACGGGCAGAAAGUGCGCAAAAGGUGCUGGGAUGCUAUUUACGUCAAUAGAAUUCUGACAACGCAGGCUUUUGCCAUGUAGUUGCCCGGCAGGGAGAACUCCAAUUGCAGUCAGUCUUAGUCACGUGGAGCAACCCUGCGCGCGCCGCACAUGAGAUGCGUUGCCAUUGAAGAGCCUAACUUGUUGCCAGAGUCCCCAUCAGAAGUUGCAGCUGGAGACAGCAAUCUGAGCAAUGUGAUGGGCGGGAAGCAGCAGUUAGCCCUUGUUUCAAUGCCUUGACUCAACAUCACCCGACUCGCUUCCGAACACGUGGGCUUGACGGAUUUUUCGCUCACAGAUCGUUUCCACUUGGUCAGCCCCCGUGUUGCAUCAUUUGCUCUUUGCGGCCCCCUGUGCAGAUUUCACCCCCUGAACGGCUUUUCAGCUCGUGGCAUACCGUUGAACAAAUUUGUGCCGUCGCCUAGUUCCAAGGUUGGCCGGUAUGAGUCAGCCCCGGCUGCGUUGUCAAAAGCACACACGUCAACUUGAGUGGGCAGUUCAAAGCGCCUCGAUCGGGGAAGCCAGAUGUUUAGAAAUUGCAUAACGUCCUGCAGGAUGUGCACAUGUUUAGCUGAAGUGUUUAAGAUUCAGUCAUUCCAGCAUCAUCCGAAUGCUCGAGAUCUGCUUCGCUCAGACUAGUGGUCGGUGGUGGCGUGAGUUGUCUAAGAGAACUUCGACAUACCUGGAAAGCCCAGCGGUGCCCAAUUUCUGCCGCUGAUUGAAAUUGCACUAAUUCUUGCCGUUGCUGCGAAAAAAAACGCCUUUUGUCCCCAAAAACGCCGUUGGAGCAAUUUGUGAAUAUUCUAAAAUUCAGUCGGCCAGCUUCACCUUGCAAAAGUCAUUUUCCCACAAAACGCCUGGAGGCAGAAAUUCAUGUUCCCAGACUAAAAGAGCAGUUUUAGUUCAAAAGGCGGAAAUGUUACACACCUUGGGAUUUCCAGGUAUGCAGGCAGUUACGCGCAUUACUUUCCAGAAGAGCUCUUGGACAAAAUGGCAUCAGCGCGCGCAACAUUUGGAGUCAGCCCAGUCACAUCUUUGCAAACAGUCAAGUUGCAAGCCGCGACUGGAACAGCAAGACGUUGAUAUGGCCCUGUACUGCUUUGCAGCAGGGCGGAAGGCAAAAAAAAUCCAGCAUCGCCGGGCAUGAGGAGCACCUCUGUCUGUACUGCUCUCGCGUUAGUUGGUGCCACCUUGCUCCCUCCAAAGUUGCUGCUGCAGCAUGCCACGCUCUGGCCCCUGCAAGUGGCAGUCUCGCGAACCCAAUCCUCGACGAUUUGCCAGGCAUAAUCUCCGGCAGCGGGGCGUUGCCGUGCUGCCACGGUUAGAAAGCCUAAGAUAUUUGCCACAUGCGCACUACAAGCCUUGCGACUGCCACGGGCCUGACGGCUAUGGGCAGCCCAAGCCUGGAUGUGCAUAGCGCUUCCCGGGCACUGGGCGGCAUCUGACGUUAAAUGUGUCUUCUAGCGCUAGCUGAAGACUCUUCUGUGCUGGAAAACGCCCACAAGGCAUUCUUCACGCGGCGCUGGCUUGGCCCUCAAUGUGGCCGCAGGCGCUGCGCCCAAUGCUUCCACCAGCAGAAG